ACCUAUAUUGUAUUGUAGUCUUUGAUCAACUUUUUGGGAAUAAUUCAUGGUAUCAAAAUAUAUUAUAGGUACCGAAAUAACCAAACUUAUCUUGAGAUUCUUAAAUAAUGGCCGAUUCGAAUAAAGAGUCCGUCACAAAAGUUCCUAUGAUUUAUGUUUGUGGAGAGUGUCACCGGGAGAAUGAAAUAAAACCACGAGAUCCAAUCAGAUGCAGAGAAUGUGGAUACAGAAUAAUGUACAAAAAAAGAACUAAAAGAUUGGUGGUAUUUGAUGCGCGAUAGCGAGGAUAAAGAGAAGUUAAGAGGUUAAAUACAUUUUUUAUCACUUUAAUAUCCAUUUGUUACAUUGAAGUCUUUGUAAACAAUAAAUGGGCUAAUAUUUGA